AUGUCUAAGGAUGACACUUGUAAGGUCUCAUCAGCCAGCAAGCACAAGGAACGAAAACCCAAGAAGCCUCACUACAUCCCCCGUCCCUGGGGCAAACCGUAUAACUACAAAUGUUUCCAGUGCCCCUUCACCUGCAUGGAGAAGUCUCACCUCUACAACCACAUGAAGUACAGUCUGUGUAAGAACUCACUCUCACUGCUCAUUGAGUCUGACUGGCCCUAUAAAAAAGGAAACAUUCUGCAUCCUGACCAGCUCCGCUCCUUUCAACACGGCCUCCACAACGCCGCGAAGGACGAUUUAGAAGGUACAAGGAGGGACGAAGGGAGACCAAAGCAAAGGAGGACUCAGGAGGAGGAGGCAGAAGACAAAGAGUCUCACGAGCCCGAGGACGAAGAGGAGGGAGGUCGGAGUGAUGGAGGCGAAAUCGCAGGUGUGACCAAAGAAAACCCAAACAACAACAACAAAGGGGAUACCACAGAAAGCCGGAAAACCAAACCAUCUGAGUCAGAUAUGCUUAUGGCCGACAUGCUCUCUCUAGAAGAUCAGCUUCUCCGGGCGCGCUCUGUGGAGGUGGAAGCCCAGCUCAAACACUACAAACUCUCCAAGACAUGCCUAUCCGCCCCUGGGCUUCUCUCAGAGCAGUGGAGGCUACUAGCGUCUAGCCACACCAAAGCUAAAGCUGAACCCCGAGUGAGCAGUUCAAUCCCAUGUUACCCUCCUCCGCCUAAUUUAGUGGAUUACCCACAGGACCCCACUGGGCUCAAUCUGUCGGUGCUCGGGGUGGGAUAUCCCAUCAGUCCCAGCCUUUUCUCCUAUAUGAAUUCAGCCAUGCCCUCAGCAGCUACCAGUCUGACAGCCCAGAACCAGCUGGCCCAACUUCCCUUCCUGGCGUCGGCCGCUCAGCUGAUGCACCCUGCGUCGAACACACACGCUCCAGCUGAGAGAGCUUUAAUCCCACCGCGACUCUACUACCCCUUCCUCUAUGAGCACACUCUAGGCCAGAGCGAGCCCAGUAAGGCACUUAAAACAUCAACAAAUAACCUAGAAGCAAAUGUAUUGUCAGGUUUUCAGCCAAAACUCAAUCUAUGGAAAGUCCCGGCGGUGCGGCCCCCGACAGCAGCAGUCCAGACCACAGGCUGGGCGUCACCUCAAAGAAACUCCCCUGAACCAAGCUUCAGAGUGCAGGGGGAAAAACAGCAGAUAACAGCCAAAGACGGGAAAGCAGUGUGGGGACUGAAAAGGACCGGUGCUCCGCUAGGGAACCUGGAGGCACCUGUCGAAAAGAAGUCGAAUGUGGGAUUCACCUUUGACCUUCUGAAGAAUAUCCAAACAGCGUCAAGCCUUAACAUGGUUGCAGAUAAACUUCUCUCACAUAAAAAUUUACAGGAUCCUCUGCUUGAAACGCAGCCUAUUGACUCAUGGUACAAAGAAGCUCUCACCAGCCCAAACAGUGAAACCUCCUCUCAUUCUUCUGGUGGUGGAACCGGCCUCCAGGAUGGUUCACACUCAGCAAGCAAAGGAUCGUCCGAAUCUGUGGCUGCACUUCUCACUGAUCUUUCCAAGGCUCUGCAGGAUUACCAGGAAGCCGAGCGCAAGAUUUCCCACAUGGAGACUGAGGACCUACCUGCUCAGAGCCAUCUCUGGGAACAUCUCAGCAAAAUCCGCAGUGAGCUCUCACAUAUCCACCAAGCCCUCGAGCGGACGUCGAGGCCAAGUGAUGGACCCCUGGAUCUGUCUGUCAAGAGGGAGCAGACUGAUUUGCAGCGAGUAGAUUUUAAAGAUGGCAACUCCACAGAGACAGAGGACGAGGAGGAAGACCUGGAGGACAAAAAGGACGAAGCAGAGGAAGAGAGGGAGAGAAAGGCAUUGUCCGCUUCACUGGAGAGUCGGAAGCAGUCAUUGGACAUGCUGAUUAAGAUGAGUCAAACAGGUGCAACGGUAGUCAGUGGAGACGUCAUCACAGCAGGAGGUAUUGCUCUUAGGCCCAGUCCGAACGAGACGCUUUGGCCCAGCAGAACCACCAAAUGUGAAGCAGACUCCAGUGUUUUACUGUGUCCCGACGGCCGCUCUGUGGUGUUCACUGACAUCUCGGGUAAAACUCAGAAAAGACCCUCGUCCAUACAGCGCUUAGAGGCACAGUGUCCUCCAAGUCCCUUAACAGUUACUGAUAACUGA